GCUAGUCUGCCACGUUCACGGGCACAUUAUUGUUGGAAUGGGUGCGCACCACACCCUUCAUCGCGCAGUUUAGCAUUGUCUUCUAGCUUCCUGAGUCCUCACACUGCAGAGCAGCUCACUCUGCUACUUCAGAGAUCAUUUAACGUCCGAUCGAUACUCAUAAUCUCCUUCCCCCUCUCUCUACAUUUUGUAGUUUAUGGUUUGUUUCGGAGUCCUUAUGGUGAAUCGUGCGGUUCUUUUGGUGUUGCUGGCUUACCUCUCCGUGGAUGGCUGCUCCGCGGCGCUCACGUUUUCAUCGAAGCUCAUACAUCGGUUCUCCGACGAGGCCAAGGCGCUUUGGGUCUCGAAGGACGGUAAUGCGCACGGGAGAUCGUGGCCGAAGAGGAAAAGCCCUGAGUACUUCGAGUUGCUGCUGAGAAAUGACUUGAAGCGGCAGAGGUUGAAGCUCGGCUCGCAGUACGACUUUCUGUUUCCUUCCGAGGGGAGCGAGACCCUGUUCUUCGGGAAUGCCCUUUAUUGGCUGCACUAUACAUGGAUUGAUAUAGGGACACCGAAGGUUUCAUUUCUUGUUGCAUUGGAUGCUGGAAGCGAUCUGCUUUGGGUCCCAUGUGAUUGCAUUCAAUGUGCUCCAUUGUCUGCCAGUUACUACAGUAUGUUGGAUAGGGAUCUGAGUGAGUAUAGCCCAUCUUUCUCAAACACCAGCGAGGACCUACCUUGCAGUCAUCAUUUGUGCGAACAGAGUGGCAAUUGUAAAAGUUUGAAGGAGCCCUGUCCAUAUAUUGCUGAAUAUGACUCUGAAAAUACCACAAGUUCUGGCUUUUUGGUGGAGGAAAAACUACAUUUGGCAUCUGUUAGCAAUCAUGCAACGCAAAAUCAUGUGCAAGCUUCAGUCAUUUUGGGCUGUGGUAGAAAACAAAGUGGUGGUUAUCUGGAUGGAGCUGCUCCUGAUGGUGUUAUGGGAUUGGGACCUGGAAACAUUUCAGUUCCCAGUUUACUUGCAAAAGCAGGAUUGGUUCGAAAUUCAUUUUCACUUUGUUUCGAUGAGAAAGAUUCUGGGAGAAUUCUUUUUGGGGACGAAGGGUUGGCCACACAACAAUCUACUCCGUUCUUGCCUAUUGCAGGAAAUAAUGCCUAUUUUGUUGGACUUGAGCAUUAUUGUGUCGGGAGUUUAUGUCUCAAACUAACCCAAUUCCAAGCUAUCGUGGACAGUGGCUCAUCCUUCACAUAUUUUCCCACUAAAAUAUGUGAAAAAAUUGUUUCUGAGUUUGAUAAACAAGUGAAUGCUACCAGGAUCAACAUCCCAAAAAGCACCUUUAAGUACUGCUAUAAUGCCAGUUCACAGGAGUUGCAUAACAUUCCUACCAUGAGACUCGUGUUCAUAAUGAACCAAAGCUUUUUAAUCCAUAGUCCCAUAUAUUCUGACUCUGAGAAUCCGGGAUUUACAACAUUCUGCUUAACUUUACUGCCGUUGGAUUAUGACUAUGGUAUAAUUGGACAGAACUAUAUGAUGGGUUAUCGCGUAGUUUUUGAUAGGGAAAAUAUGAAGUUGGCUUGGUCAAAAUCCAAUUGUCAAGAUAUAAAUGGCAAGCAAGUGCAUCCCACACCUCCAAAUGAUGAUGGAUCGCCAAAUCCAUUGCCAACGAAUGAGCAACAGAGCAUCCCAAACACACAAGCGAUUCCACCUGCCCUUGUGGGUAGGGCUUCAUCACAUUCCUCAGAAGCUGCCCCUUGUCAAAUUCCCUUAUGGCUUGGUUUGAUAAGUUCAUUAGCACAUCUGGUAUGUUUGUGUGCUGGUCACCUAAUUUUCUCUACCUUGGACUUGUAAAUUCUAUAUUUUCUUGUCAGACUCUCCCGGACACGGUUAUUGCAUUGAUUGCGGGGAGUUUUGGUAUCUACUUCACGUCUAUAGACAUGUCUUGUUUAUUUAAAUGGCAUCAGAUCUGGUUCAUCAUC